AUGCCUCUUGCCUCAAACAUUGGAACAUUCAUGACUGGGCAUUGCCUAGUAAAUUAUUUAUUGUGGUUGCCUGUAACAUUGCCUAGAGGAGAGAAUGAGAGAUUUGAAGACACUUGCACUGAUAUCUUGAAGAGAUUUCCAACUUUUAAACAUUUCAAAGUGUUUGCACAAGCUGGGACAGGUCUCGCACUCAGUAUCAAUGAAAUCUCAACAAUUAUUGAAGAUAAUGCAAGUUCUGUUGAAGAUCAAAAGUUUGAGAUGCUUCAACUUUGGAAAGAAAAAAAUGGAUCAAAUGCAACAUCCAGAUAUAUCAGAGAGGUUGUUGAGAAACAUCUCAAGGCAGAGAAUAGUGGUGUCACCGGUAAGUUUACUUCAUGA